AUGGCCACCCCCCCGGCCCGCACUGUCCUUGUCACCGGCUGCUCCUCGGGCAUCGGCCUGGCCCUGGCCGUGCGGCUCGCCCGGGACCCCCGGAGGCGAUACCUGGUCCUGGCCACCAUGCGGGACCUGUCGCGCCGGGGGCCGCUGGAGGCCGCGGCCGGGGCCACCCUUGGGGACACCCUGCGGAUCCUGCAGCUCGAUGUCACCAGCGACAGCUCCGUGGCCGAGUGCCUGGGGGGGAUCCCGGGGGGGCGCGUGGACGUCGUGGUGAACAACGCCGGGGUGGGGCUGGUGGGACCCCUGGAAAGCGCCACGGGGCCGCAGGUUCAGCGCGUGUUCGACACCAACGUUUUUGGGGUUCUGCGCUUGGCCCAGGCCCUGCUCCCCCAAAUGAAGCGACGCCGCAGCGGCCACAUCGUGGUGGUCAGCAGCGUCAUGGGGCUGCAAGGGGUUGUUUUCAACGACGUCUACUCGGCCUCCAAGUUUGCGGUGGAGGGGCUGUGCGAGAGCCUGGCGGUGCAGCUGCUGCAGUUCAACGUCUUCGUGUCCCUGGUGGAGCCCGGCCCGGUGAAUUCGGAAUUCGAGCGCAAAGUUCUGCAGGAAGUGGAAAACUCGGAAUUUCCCGGGAGCGACCCCGAAACCCUGCGCUAUUUCCGCGAGAUUUACCUGCCCGCCAGCCGCCAGGUGUUCCACACCUUCGGCCAGAGCCCCGACGAGGUCGCACAGGCCAUCGUGGAGGUGAUCGGCGCCCCCCGCCCCCCAUUCCGGACCCCCACCAACCCCCUGUACUCUCCCCUGCUCGCCCUGCGCUUCGCCGACCCCCGCGGGGAUUUGGGGGUUCGCACCUUCCAGCGCCUCCUCUUCGACCUCGGCCCCGCCUUCCACCUGAGCCUGGCGCUGCUCAGGUGUCUCACCUGCCGCUGCUGCCGCCGCAGGGUCACCCCCGUCUGA